UUUCCGUCUCUCUUUCGCGGACUGUGCAGUGUCAGGUCGCGGCUGUCAUGGCGGCGUGCAGGGCACUCGUGAGUCGCGCUGUGUUACCUUUGCAUUACCAUAAUGUGUGCAGAGGAGUGAUGCUCAUACAGGUCAGAGAGAAGAAGAGAUGGAUGAAGGCUUACACACUCAUCAUGGAGAGGAAGCGAAAGAUGGAGGGACCUCCACCUCCAAAGCCACGCUCCCAGGAGCCAAACUUUGAUUACCAUGCUGAAGUGGAGGCUUUCGGUGCCCGAGUGCAGGAGAGUUUCUCUCUGGAGCUUCUGAAGACGGCAUUCGUUAACGCGUGUUACUUACGAUCUGAAGAGGAGAGGAGGCGAGCACUGGGCCUUGAUUUGGAGACAACCGCUCUCAACCUGAAACACAACGGCGAGCUGUGUGUGCAUGGUCAACAGUUCACAAAGGGUUUCCUCAGUGACUGGUGUAGGGGCAGCUUUCCCAGCCUGCCUGAGGAGGGUGUGGCAGCUGUCGUAGGCCACCUGACAGGGUCAGAGGUCAUGUGUCACGUCGCACGGAACCUCGCUGUAGAAGAUUUGACAAUGAGUGCAGAGUUUCCUGUUCCUGAUGCAACCCUGCAAGGAACGUUCUUCGCUGUGAUUGGGGCUCUGGAGCAGAGCAGCGGGCCUGUGCGAGCCGGGGUUUUCAUUAGGGAUUUUCUGGUGACUCAGCUAAUCGGGAAAGAUCUGUUCGACAUGUGGAAGGUGGUUGAUCCCAUGGGGCUGCUGGUCAAAGAGUUGACCCGUAAAGGUAUAGCUCUACCCGAGCCCCGCCUCAUCCACUCUGCCGGCGCCAGUACCGUCCUCCCUAUCUAUUUCGUCGGACUUUACAGUGACCGUAAGCUGCUGGCUCAGGGUCCAGGCGAGACUGUCCUGGCAGCAGAAGAGGAGGCAGCGCGUGUGGCUCUGAGGAAACUCUAUGGCUUCACAGAGAACCGCAGACCGUGGGACUUCUCUGCCCUCCGUGAGCAGCUUCAGAAGCCCAGCACACAGGCUCUCACCAGCGGAUAAAUGAUACGGAAUCCAGCAGUCAAUGUUUUAUAGUCUGGCUUGAAGAACUGACAUGUGUACCAACAUUCAUCAUCAUCUGCUUUACCACAACUAUAUGUAGAGAAAAACUCAAUUUCUUUUUCCUCACAUGUGGCUGUGGAGUUACAAGAGUCCAACCUAAUUUGCCAGAGAGACUGAAAAUCGUGAUGUACCACAGACUACAAUGAGCUUUUGUCUGCUCUGUAGGUGUACGUUCUUUAGAUGUGUUGCUACAUAUAAACUGAUGUAUAUAAAUGUUAAGCUUUGGUUGCUAAUAAAACUUCUGAACAAAAUGUUCCACUUCAAAUGUACAGUCUGGAUAGAAUACAAAAGCAAUUUUAGGCAGAACUUUUUGUGUUGUCAUGGAUACUGGUUUUGCACCCUGGCUCAGAGUUGGUCACCAUAUAUAUAGAUACAGUAUUUUACUCAUCUAAUCAGCCAGAUUCUACUUGGCCAGCAGUCAUACGGUAAUAGUGAUGAUUAGAAACACAGAUAAUUGCUAGACGAUUCUGUUAAAUUAUCUCAAAAUAGUUUGAAGAUUCCAUGUUAUGGUUUCCUCCUACCGUUUUAUCCAUCUUGCUACAUCGUUAAUCUUAAUGAACUCUGAUGAGCAAACCACCAUGUUCAUUUGUUUUAAAAGCCAGCCAGUUUAAUAAAAUUAACUUUGUAAAUUUUA